GUUGUAGUUGGUCCAGGUAGAAGUCAGCUAGAAGAACAUCUACAACCUACUGGUCUUACUUUCAAUAAUCGGAUCCUAGCUGCUAAGUUCAUUUUUGUUGCUUUCUUGCGCACAAGUUCACCGUCCAACAUCGGACCGCAGCUUGCUCUUCUACGGUCGAUUCGAACACUUUUUCGGCACGAGGACAAUACCUGAACGUCGAUCGCCGGAGGAGCAUAAAGAUAAAAGCUGCCACAGGUGGUCUCGCCUGUACCUGAACCUGCAACAUGCUCCAGCACUUGCAGAAUUCUCUUUUUUUAGGGGUUUCCACCAAAUUACAUUCGCCAGUCCUAGACCAUUCUUGGCUCCUUUCCUAUUUGAAAAGAAGCCAGGAAUUAUGUUCUGAAGGGUGUAAGAAUCCAUUCUACAACUGAGGAAUGUAAUUCCGUAAGAUUAAGCUCUAACUUUUGGGCUCGCUGGUGGUGGCAGCAAUCAACAUGGGAACAUCCAGAGCCAGGAUGAAACGGGCUCGGAGUCACGGGGUCGGAGCCCAACCCCUCGGGUCCGCUCCUCGCGGGACAGCUCCGUUUUCUCAGAACAAAGUUCCAAACGGGCUAAGUUAAGAUUUUCGUGUUAGAAUCAUCAGAACAAGAAAAAGAACAGCAGGUUAUUUUUCCCUCGCCUUAGGUUAGUCCCUUCGUCCAAUCCAUUAACAUUAUAGAAGGGAAGGUGCACCAACAACUACAGGGAAGAUCUUCAUGAUCUUCAUUAGAACGAAUCUGAAGAAUCAUGUUGUAAUGAUAUAAUGAGUUGAACAACUUGUGGUCUUGUCCUCGCAACCUCCUCCUGCUCUAACCAAGACGUCAGACGAUGAAGCUCCCUCUUCAGGAGUCGAAGACCUGCUAUUGGCCUCGAGCCAGCUGGUGGACCUACGACGUGCGGGAGGACCGCCGAUCAUGAUCCAGGCCAGUCCCAUGGAAAAAUUGAGUUUGAGUCCAGAAAAGAUUAAGGCUAUAAAUAUUCGCAUCUUUUACUACAUCUUGCUUCUAGCUAGUUAGAAGACAGUGGUGUUACCAAUAGGAUUGCAUCCGACCAUACAAAGCGUGGACUAGUGCAUCUUCUAGUUAGAAGGUUCUUGGCUCCACCACAACUAUGUAUACUAAGUAAGAAGAUGGAACAACUGGAAGAUUAGUUAGAUUUUUAGGACUCUAAGAAGAAGGGAGAUUUGAAUUUUUCUCCGCCAGCUCGCAUGUUCUACGAUGAGGAAGACGCGGGACCGAGGUCCCAGUUUACGCCGCCUGGUCGAAAUCGUUCGUCGGUUUCUGGCCGAUUGGUUUCCUUUCGCAGCAGUGCGCCUGGAGGUGCUGUUACUGCCUCGGGGCGGACAACUUCUACAGGGGUAACUACAGUUAAGGCUCAGCUUUCAAUGGUCACCAUUGAGAUUGGGGUCACUGAGAUCGAAGAGGCGACCCCUUCUUGAGAGGACCAACAGGGUAAAUAAAUGAAGGGAAAGGAGGGGAGCUUUGAAGGGUGUCUCUUCCGUUCAGCAUCAGUGACCGUUGAAUGCUGAGCUUUAAUACAGGUACAUCAGCCAACCUCCUCUUCGCCGGUUCCGGCGCAAGCCCUUCAAACGGUGGCGCUCGCUCUUCAGCUAUUGGUAGUGGAAUGUUCAGUCGGUCGUCAGGUCUCUCUCCAGGAAACUCAAGAACACCUCUUUUCCUUAUGAAAGAAAGAAUCACCUCCAACAUAUUCAUCAGUAUCUCGCUUAUUCUGAUCAGUUACUUGCUUAUUUCAGUUUUUCGAAUAGAUUCAUCGACUCAAAAACAUCAUUUUCAUUGCUGACUUCUUCUUCAUCUCAAUCAUAGAUACGUUACACGUGAUAAUAUCACCAACUUCCAGUUCUACAACCAUGAAGAUGAGCAAGGUACACCAUAAUUCUACUCUAGUAGGAGCAUUUGUCCUACUUCUAAUUUCCACAGUCCUGCUUCGCAAUCACCUACUCUUGGUAGCCGUCGUUUAAGUGCGCCUGCACAUACAUCGUCAACCUACAAUCUAGACCGUGGAGAAAAAUUACGCGCUUCCCCUGAGCAGUCGCCAACUUCAAGACGCAGCUUGAUUAUCGAUACCUCGGACCCAACAAAACGAAAACCUGUUGUGAACUCGACCAAGGUAAAUUAUCUAUUGUGACUAUGAAAUUGUUCACCAAGUUCGUGGUUCAUGCAUUGUAGCACCCACAAUGUUUUGUAUGAUUGCAAUUCAUAACAUGUAUUCAUCUAAUGACGAUGCGGCUCACAACUACUUCUUCCAUGCGGACACCAUUUAUUCCACCCCCAUGAUCUCCACCAACCCGGUACAGACUCCCGAUUUCUUGCAGAACGAGAACAACGCCACAGCAACUUCACCCACGACUAAGCGUCAAACUCUUAGUUGUUUGAACCAAGUGACUACUGACCCGCGCACUGGCAACAAGAUUCGAUGGGAAGAGGGAGGCGUCUGCCCAUUGUCACGACAAUACGCGAAAGAAAUCGCCGAACGAGCUGACGAGGCGCCCAAAGAACCCCUGGUUGAAUACUACUCAGAAAACCUUGACGUGAACCCAAAGCCCUUCACCGACAAGAAUGGACAGAAAAUACUGCCGCCAUCGUACCUAAAUUUCUUUGCAGUUAAUGAGAGAAAGAAUUGACAGAAAAUACUACCGCCAUCUUCGUAUUUCGAAUUGUAUAAUUGGUUAAAUUAUUGCAUUUAAGUGGAAUAAGCACAUCAAGAACUUGAAGCUCUACUAGUAAGUACUUGUUCUUCACUUUCUUUUUCACGUGAAAUUCGCAGACAAGGUCCCAACUUUCACUCCUACCUAACACUCGUCUAAAUCACAAAAUACUGGGAACUAUUAUCUUCUUCCCGACCAGUCAGAUGUUUGAUCAAGAUUUUUACUGUCGAACUACAACCUUCCCAACUACCCCGAUGAACUGAAUAGGUACAAAAUCAAGAUUCUCACUGUUGAGAUUGUCCCGAGUUCAAUCCUUGAAGACAAUUGCACCCCUAGUCCGAAAGUUGGAGGAAGGACCAUUAAGGGUACACCUUUAAGUUGCUUUUCUUACCGCUUUUUAUGCCUCUCUCCCUUAGGAUGAGAAAGGCAUAAAUAAAAGCGGGGGAACCCGCAAGCACCAAAAACCUACCUCUAAGACCAAGAGCACGAGUCCGACGAGGACACCUACCGCUUUCCAAGGCGUCAUUGAGUCAGAAUUCGGGAAGGACAAGACCAAGAAAUUCUUCCUCAAGAUGAAACCUCCCAAAUAUGCUGGCAAUAGUUCAACCAGCUUUCACGCAGGGAACGAGUCAAGCAUGGCUAGCUGGUGGCAAAGGAAACUGAGAGGUAUGUACUCAGUACUCUAUAAUUUUUGUGUAGAACAUGUCCAACCUCUUGUCAGGCAUAUCAAUCAAUCAAUCAAUUCCGCAGUUCUUGUGUACUAUUUUGAAGUCAGCACGACACUGCAGUGAUUAUUUUCUACUGCAGUGUACUAUACGGUUACCUCAAGUAGAGCAUGCUAUUUUUAUUUGUAGUAGGACAUUUUCUGCUUUUGUCUUUGAGUUGUUGCCUAUCAAUGCUUAUCUUCGACAUCGAGCUUGACACGACAAGAAUAAAGAAGAUGCUCAUAGACAUAGAACAGGAGCACAAGACUGCUUCUUCUAAGAUGUUGCAUGCUAGGUUCUUGGGAGCUUCCUUCCUUUUCUCAUGAUCAAGACCAGCAUCCCCUCUACUCACGAACAGGUGACAUUCCUGACAGCGAGUUGCAAUGUCCUGAAAUUCCUGUUCUGGGUAGCAAUCCUCUGGGCUCCCUUUCCGCUUUGGGGCAAUCCGGAACGCUGAAUCUGUCGCAGCUACAGAACAACAAUCCCCUGGGCAUCCCCAAACAGAAAUUGAGAGCGUUGUGUCAGAAAAUCGGAGAUCCGAAGAGGACGCAUAUUGGCAUCUCGACUUUGUUUCGAGGCAUGUUAAGGCUAGUUUUUCACUGUCGUCCCCUGUUGUGGACUAAUAAAUAUGCUGGGUGUGAGUGAUCCAGAUCCAAAGGGGAAAAUUAUAGGCGGGAAUGAAAAAACGGGAUGAACUCACUUGUCAACGCCCAGCACAACGUGAACCAACCAUGACCAAAUGGUGAAAGACUAGCGCUAAGCAUGAUCGUGCCCAACGCACUGGAGACGUAUCAGCAAGCGGGAACUUUCGGCAAUAGUCGGGACCCGAGAGCCAUUUCAGAACAGGCAAAUAUGACCUCACCACUUCACGGAAUCCCAAAAAUCAAAAUCCCAGUAUGCUGCAAAAAGAAAUGUACUUAACUUUGUUGAAUAUACAACUUCUAUCAGACUACUUCUAUCUCAUAUUAAACUUACUUUUAGAAUCUGGUAUUUCUUGCGUCAUUUUUAUACUGCGUGUGCGACUAGUAGCCCUUGAUGAAUGUUCCUUGUUGUCCUGGUGAUUUUAAUAUUUUUGUGCUGCGUGUCGUGUGUAACUUACUCAACAUGACAAGUCACGACUCAACAUAUGAACAUCCAGCACAUGAUGGGAAGACAAUUUUUGUCUUCCCCAUAUUAACUUAUAACUUAACAACCUAUUUCCACCCCUCAGUCUGUCACGACCGCGAGCACCAUUUACGGCAGCAGAUGGCGAAUUUGCAGUCCGUCUUGCAGCUGGUGUAUGACUUUACUGGCUACGCUUUCGACUUCAUGAUUGACAACACAUUGGCGUUUUGCGCUUGUUCGACAACGAGGGAGAAGGAAGAGGGCGUCAGCUAUCCUUAUGAGUGUAGGCAAUGCAUCUCCACCAAAGUCAUCUGCUGGACCAAGAAUCUUUAAGAAGGAAAAUGGCACCCAGAUGAUCCCCGAGAUGAAUUAUUUCCUAUUUACGUCUAAUAUCUCAUGGUCAUGAUUAACUUGCAAAGGAUUCCGAACAAGUUCGCUGUCUUAGCGCACAUUGUCGGACACGAGUACGGGCAUAUCAUGCGAGGACAUUUGCGUACUUCUUCUUGAUUGUUGUUGGAUAUGGAUGGUUCUAGAAGAGGAAAUAAAAAUUCUGAUGGCCACCCCCAACAGUGGUGUGCUGAGCAUAAACAACAAGCAACUACACCACUCCUCUUCUAUCUUCCUGUUCCUUGGCUUCCAUUCGCCCUUGUUGAUAGCCGCGGCGAGGGCAAACGCUUCUUGAUCUUAAUCCUAAAAAUCACAAUUUCCUUCCCACCUCCAACUGCCCUCUUUAAGCGGAAAGAAAAAAAUAUGUCGAUGCCAAUAAUUUGUUCCCACCAGCUGCCCACCAAAAAAAACUACAGAGCAACAAUGCCGAUGCCAAUUUGGACCGAGUUCGUGGCAGCACAAGAUGUUGGAGUAUGAAGCAGAUCAGUUUUCAGCACUUUUCAUUGCCACCAUGAACAUCGAUCCGCGGGACAUCUACACCCACUUGGCCAACGAUGAGGUCCGCUUGCAACAGCUGAAACACUUCGUAAACACCUUUUCGUCUUUCGCAGACUGUGAUCAGGAACCGUAGUUAUGAAAGGGUCAAAAACGACGAAAUAAAGGUGAGGGCAGGUUUUUUAGAAUAACGAUAUCGACUUUUGGGAUUGUACAGGAUUAAUAAAUGGGAGGAAAGCAAUGUGAAUGUACGUAGUUGUAUGAAUAGUACUCAAAGUAACAAAUACAAAAGAAGUUCUUUUAUGCUAUACAUUCAUGUGUUUCUAGGAUUUGAAAAAAUUAAAAGUAGUACUUUUCUUGCAACACAAGCUGCACGACGUGCACCAGAAGAUAUCUUCGAGAGUGGUGAAGAAAUUACUUCUUUCGUAGUUGACGAGAAAAAAUAACAUCAUACAUAGAAUUGUCCUACAACUGCCAAUGCCAUCAUAGAAUUGUCGUACAACUUGUUCAUUCAUUCAUAGUACUUACUCUUCGUCGUGGUCUUAUUUCCUGAUUCGUUUUACUACAUACAGUUACAGUUAUAAUAUCAUGAAUGUUCAAUGCUACACCACGCUUGGAAGAUACGACAGCUAGUCGUGCUUAAUACUGUUACCUGAAAAUAGAGCUUUGACACCUUGGUUGCAUAAAAACGCAAUUAUGCGUACCAUCAAGAAGGGGCUUUGUUCGUAAUCCAAGAAGAACGGCCAGCUCAACGUAGUUAUUAUAACCUUCCAUGUACUACAGACUAUUCUUCAAUUUUGGGAAAUUGAUACUAAUUCAAUGUUGUGCUAUGAUAUCAUAAUUGUCCAAUUAUGAACUUGAGAACACCAAAUCCAUAUGAUGAACCUUGGUCUACUACGUAUUCUUAGUACUUAUUCUUGGUCUACUACUUAUACAACUUUCUUCAAAUUCAUAGAGUGAAACAAUGCCUACACGAACACGACGUACAGGUCGUACACUGUCAUUGUUCAUUUUUAACACUGUGGUCUAAGCAUUUGGCUAAAAAUUUGUUUAUCGACUUUUCUUGAUCUUUUGAGCUUACAACAAUUAACAUAUCCACAUUCAGACGCUUUCCUAGCUUUCCUAGAAAAACGCGUCUUACUCCUAGUACUAGUAGAGCAGUCAAUCAUGGCUGCGCUAGUAGUUGUAAUUAUAGGACGAAGAUGGCCACGUUCUACAACAUGUAGAGGAGCAGCAAUUGAAAUAUAGCUGCAACUAUUUACUCCUGGGAAGAUGCUUACAAAAUGAUCAGCAAGCACAACUACACAUGAAAAAACAGGGGAAUGUACAGAAAACUUUUACACACUUUUGGGGAAAUGGU